GGCCUCCGUUCCGAGCUGGCGGAAGGAACGGCCGGAAGGGGCGGGCACUGCGCCCGACGGGUCUUUCGCACCAUGGCUUCUCGCGGCGUCCUUGGCAUUUUCUUGCUCUCUGCUCUCCCUCUCCUGUGUCUGGAGCUCCGGCGCGGGAUCCCGAGUCUCGGAAUUAAAGAUGUCAUUUUGCUGAGUGGCCAGAUGGCCCUGCUGCUCGCUGUGCUUACCCUGAUCAUCUCCGUGGCCACGCCCUUGUUUAACACCUUCAAGCCUUCCCAAGUUCAUCUGAAAGAAGGAGAAGAGGAGAAUGAGAAAAGACAACGGCUCGUGAGGAAAAGGCAGCAGGAAGCUCAGGGUGAGAAGGCCAGCAGAUAUAUACAGAAUGUUUUAAAACCUCAGCAGGAAAUGAGAUUGAAACAACUAGAACAGCGUUUUUAUCAAAUGACGGGUGAAACCUGGAGGUUAACUACCGGCCACAAACUUGAGGGGGAUGAAGAUUUGGUGCUUGAAAACUCAAGUCAGGCAUCUUUUGAAACAACCAACAGAGAGGCGGCAAGAAGGCGGAACUUGCCUAAGCUUCCAACGGAAAUGUCACCACUUGCUCAGCAGCCCGUGAAGAAGGAGGUUCCUGAUUUACCUGAAGAACCACCAGAAACAGCUAAAGAGGUAGUUACUGUUGCCCUUCGAUGCCCAAGUGGGCGUGUUCUGAGGAGAAGAUUUUUCAAGUCUUGGAAUUCACAGGUCUUAUUUGACUGGAUGAUGAAAAUUGGGUACCACAAAUCCCUAUACGGCCUUUCCACUUCCUUUCCCAGAAGGCCUGUGGAAGCGGAGGGAUGCUUGUCACUGCAGGACAUAGGAAUAACCGUGGAUACUGUACUUAACGUGGAAGAGAAGGAGCAGAGCAGCCAGUGAAGAGAUCAGAAGUACCUGUUGACCUUAAACAGGGCAGUGUUCACAUUAAAGCCAUGCUGGACCUUGA